AUGGUAGAAGACAUGAGAGAUGCAAUGUCUGUUAAAGUAACUCCAGAGGUAAUUACAGAGGAGCCGCAUGGAACUGCUUGUGAGGGUGAGGGCAUCCCUUACAGUAACACUGAUGCAGAUCGACAGUUGUUGGAAGCUGCAAAAGCUGGAGAUCUGGAAAUUGUAAAAAAAUUAUGUACAGUGCAGAGUGUCAACUGCAGGGAUAUAGAGGGGCGUCAGUCUACUCCACUCCACUUCGCUGCUGGAUACAAUCGAGUGUCUGUUGUGGAAUAUCUGCUGCAGCAUGGUGCUGAUGUUCACGCUAAAGACAAAGGUGGUUUGGUUCCGUUGCACAAUGCUUGUUCAUAUGGACACUAUGAGGUUGCAGAGUUACUUGUCAAACAUGGAGCACUAGUCAAUGUGGCAGAUUUAUGGAAAUUUACACCUUUACAUGAAGCUGCAGCAAAAGGAAAAUAUGAGAUUUGCAAGCUUUUGUUACAGCAUGGAGCCGAUUCAACUAAGAAGAACAGAGAUGGAAAUACACCGUUGGACUUGGUAAAGGAUGGCGACACUGAUAUUCAAGAUCUUCUCCGUGGCGAUGCUGCAUUAUUGGAUGCAGCAAAAAAAGGCUGUGUUGCUCGGGUUAAAAAACUUUGCACACCUGAAAAUGUCAAUUGUAGAGAUACACAGGGCAGACAUUCUACACCUUUACACUUAGCAGCUGGCUACAAUAAUUUAGAAGUUGCAGAGUACCUUUUACAACACGGUGCUGAUGUGAAUGCACAGGAUAAAGGAGGUCUAAUUCCCUUGCACAAUGCUGCUUCAUAUGGGCACGUGGAUGUAGCUGCUUUGCUUAUAAAAUUCAAUGCCAGUGUGAAUGCCACUGAUAAGUGGGCGUUUACACCCCUGCAUGAAGCGGCGCAGAAGGGAAGGACACAGCUUUGUGCUUUGCUAUUGGCACAUGGAGCUGAUCCGACGCUGAAAAACCAAGAGGGUCAGACACCAUUAGACUUGGUUACAGCAGAUGAUGUCCGAGCCCUUCUAACGGCAGCCAUGCCUCCAGCUGCUCUACCAACCUGUUAUAAACCUCAGCUUAUCAGUGUAUCACAACCCACCGUAACUUCAGUUGCAGCUCUAUCGUCUGUCCCUUCAAGUCCUCCUAGUUUGUCUGCUGCUAGUAGCCUGGAUAACCUGUCAGCAAGCUUCUCUGAUGCCUCUGGGAUUGCUGGAGUAGCAGAAGGGGCUGUUGGUUUGGACAAAAUGGAAGAAGUUUUAGGCGUAGAUUUAAACGUCAAUCAGUUUUUGAGGACUCUUGGCCUUGAGCACCUCAUUGACAUUUUUGAGAGAGAACUGAUAACUAUGGAUGUUGUUGUGGAAAUGGGUCACAAGGAGCUUAAGGAAAUAGGAAUCAAUGCUUACGGACAUAGACAUAAAAUCAUCAAAGGUGUUGAGAGACUGAUCUCUGGACAACAAGGUUUAAAUCCUUACCUGACAUUAAAUAAUUCUGGCAGUGGGACCAUCCUGAUUGAUCUAGCUCCAGAUGAUAAAGAAUUUAUUUCUGUGGACGAAGAG